GGUGGAGCAGAGCCUGCUUUCAGCUUUUUUCUGCUGACUGUUAAAAUCUCCUGUAGAGAGCUGCAACAAUGCCCAAAAGAAAGGCUGCAGGUCAAGGUGAUAUGAGGCAGGAGCCAAAGAGAAGAUCAGCCAGACUGUCUGCUAUGCCUGUGCCAAUUGUACCAGAGUUGAAGCCCAAAAGAGCAUCAACUCCAAGGAAAGUGAAAAAAGAUGAUAUGAUGGAAAAACACGCAGAUACAAGUACCCAAACGAUAGAUGAAACCAAGCAAGAAGUUGUUAAGGAAGAAUACAAUGAAAAUGCUGAAAAUGGAGAAGCCAUAAUUAUAGAGGAACCAGCUCCUGAAAAAGAAGCUGGGGAAAUAAAAGAAGAAAAAGUGGAAGAUGUUGAAGAAGAGGGAUUAGAAAAGAAAAAGGCAGUGUUAUCAGAAGAAAAUAAAAAUGAAAAAGAUCAGAAAGGAGAUGGAGAAGACCAAAACAAGGAAGAAGAGAGAAAUGUAAAAGAGGGUGAAGAUGAAAAAGGGAAAGGAGAUGGCAAAGAGGACAAAGAUGAAAAAGAGAAAGGAGAUGAAAAAGAGGGUGAAGAUGGAAAGGGGAAAGGAGAAGAUGGCAACGAAUCUGAAGAUGAAAAAGAUAAAGGAGAAGAUGAAAAACAAGCAGAAGACAGAAAAGAGGAAGGAGAUGAAAAAGAUGAUGGAGAUGAAAAAGAUGAUGGAGAUGAAAAAGAUGAAGAUGAUGAAGAUGAAGAAGAUGAUGAAGAUGAAAAAGAUGAUGAAGAUGAAAAAGAUGAUGAAAAAGAUGAUGAAGAUGAAAAAGAUGAUGAAGAUGAAAAAGAGGAUGAAGAUGAAAAAGAUGAUGAAGAUGAAAAAGAGGAUGAAGAUGAAAAAGAUGAAGAUGAAAAAGAGGAUGAAGAUGAAAAAGAGGAUGAAGAUGAAAAAGAGGAUGAAGAUGAAACAGAAGAUGAAGAUACAAACGAGGGUGAAGAUGGAAAUGAUGAUGAAGAUACUAUUGCAGCAAUUUUCUUAAAUCUGGUAACUGUGGAACAUGUUGGUUAA